UUGAAAGGUAUCGGCGAGUAUGUGAACGUGAGAACUGGUAUUCCGUGUUUUCUGCAUCCAACUUCUGCUCUUUUUGGAAUGGGCUAUAUGCCUGACUAUGUGGUGUAUCAUGAACUUGUGAUGACUGCAAAGGAGUACAUGCAAAGUGUGACGGCUGUUGAUGCGAUAUGGCUAGCUGAACUCGGACCGAUGUUUUAUUCAGUCAAAGAGGGUGGAUCGACACGAAUCGAGAAACGCAUUCAGAGUAUUCGAGACGCGAAAUCAAUGGAAGAACAAAUGAAACUGGUUCGAUUCUUUUGUGGUCAUUUCCGUUUGCAGUUGAAUUUGUUGAUGAAAUUGUUAAUGUGGUUAUUAUCGCCUUAUAUUCUUAUCAGUGAUUUGAUGUGCAUUACGAUUUUUUGA